AUGCUGGUAUACGAGUCCAUUCACCAGAUCAACCCUCCUCCUAAAGGACUAACCGAUCACGAGAAGGUCUUGCUGCGUGCCUACUUGCAAGCGCGGCGAGAGAAGCAGGUCGAGAGAAAGCGAGACGAAGAGAAGCGCGAAGAAGAGGGUAAGCAGCGGCGCGGAAAGAAGGAGCAGCAGCGCAAGGAGCAUCAAGAAGUGGACAGGCUUAAACGCGAGGAACCAGAGCAACUGCGCAAAGAGCGCGAGGAGCGCGUCAAAAAGGCCGCAGAGGCGAAGCGCAAGGAGAGCGGAAGCUCAAGGAGAAGUAGGCAACGGAGUGUAGCGGAACGCAUCAAGACGAAGCAAGAUGCGGCGAUGACUCGAGCGAAAGGUGCCCAACCCAGUGUGGACAAGGUUGGAACGUGCAUUGGCUGGAAGAAAAAGAGGAACAAGAAGAAUAUGGGUGCCAGUGAUUGCUUGUUCUGUGGGGGGCGAAUGAAGACAUUCUUCUUCCUGCUGCCGGAUGGCGUGGCGGAUGCUUGCAGCCCAUGCAAGAAGGCGCUCAAUCAUAUCGCACUUCCCUCAAAGGAUAAGGAGGAGUAG